AAAUAAAAAAGGACAGAUUUGUUUGAUUUUCUACUACUGAAUUUAGCGCAUGCCAGCUGUUUGUUAAAAUGCUAGACAGAUAUAAGUUUUGAAUGUACACAUAGUUGUCAACUGUCUCACAGGCGGGUGGGUCUAGCCGGAGUAAAUCUGAAUUGCAGCUUGAUCUGUGCAAUCUGAGUUCAAAAAACUAAAAGUAUCGAUUGGGCUUGGCUUGAAGGGUUCGGAUUUGAAUUCAGAUUCAAUUGAAUUUCGAGUGGAAGUUUUAUAUCUUGGAUUGAACCUAGGUCACCUUCGACCGUGCCGAAAUUGCACCCUCGACUGAGUACAGCUAUUCCUCCUGAGACUGAAGGUCAAGGGUGAGCAAAAAGGAAAAAGAUAAAUGGCUGAGGAAUCUAAUUCCAUAACCGGUUCUGGCGGUUUCUCCUAAUCUGUGAACGGCGGCAGAACGGUGGAGGAAUGCCAAGACAUGAUUCAAAGAAGACUCCGAACUCCAAUGGCAAAAUUUUUGAAGGAACACUUGGAGAAAGCUGGACGCAGCCUUGGGGACAAGUUCAUAAAGGCCGUGCAUUGCGACGAGGAGAUCAGUGGCGGUUAUGUCCGCGGCGAAGGGAUAGUUGUGUGUAGUAAUCACACGAAUAUUCAAGAUGAGGUCAACCAAGUAGUUAUCCAUGAGCUCAUUCAUGCAUAUGAUGAUUGUCGUGCUGCAAACUUGGACUGGGCUAAUUGUGCUCAUCAUUCCUGUAGUGAGUUUUGUAUCCUUCAACUAUCUCCUUCCUAAUGUAUUUUGUUUGUUAGAGUUUCUUUUUUUGCUUUCAUAUCAGCAAGAAAUAGAUUCGAGCUGGCCAUCUCAGUGGUGAUUGCCACUAUAAAAGAGAACUGCUGCUGCGGGGUUUUGUGAAAGUACGAGGUCAUGAACAAGAUUGUGUGAGAAGGAUAGUAAUG